AUGAGUCUGGCCGGUACGCUUUCGAAGGAGAGUUUGCCAACUCUCCUCCAGCAAGCCAACUUUCUGAAUGGAAUAAAAUUCGUUCUCUCUGUGUUUGUGGUCUAUUCCUGCUGCAUGAUUGCAGUAGACUGGGUCGUCUAUGAAUGGAAACGCAGGGCGCAUGGGUGUGGCAAGAUCCCCCGGUACCCUCAUCGCGACCCGUUCUUCGGCGUCGAUAUUGUGUUUGGUAUGGCCAAGUCACUGCGCAAUGACUACUUCCUCGUCUGGCUCAACAAAGUCCAUGAGAAUCUGCCAAAGACCUUCUUGGUGAACUUUGUUGGCACCCGGUUCAUCUACACUAUCGAGCCGGAGAAUAUGAAGAGCAUGUCCGCCAUCAACUGGCAGGACUUCGCCGUCGGCCCAAUGCGGCGCAAUAACAAGGCGACCGCUCCAUUUGCGGACAAAGGCGUCAACACUGUCGACGGACAUGAGUGGGAAUUCAGCCGAUUUUUGAUCAAACCAUUCUUCAAGCGGGAGACCUUCACAGAUACCACUCGUCUAACCAUUCAUGUUGAUCGAGUUUUGGAGCAACUGCCGGCGGACGGUGAAACGGUCAAUAUCCAGCCACUCAUUCAGCGUUGGUUCCUCGAUGUGACCACCGCGUCUCUCUUUGGGGAGUCAAUCGAGUCUCUGGUAUAUCCGGAGAGAGCCCCCAUAUGCUGGGCGAUGGUGGACGUUCUCCGAGGUCUCCGACUGCGGCUUCAAUGGUACAAGUACAUCUGGCUCUUCCGCCACCAGGAAUGGCUCGAUGCCGUGGAUGUGGUCCACAAAUACCUGGAUGCGCAUAUUGACCGAACGUACGAUGAGCUCGACGUAUAUAAGCGUCAAGGAAAAGACCCGGAGGCGGCUGAUCGCAACGACCUGCUAUGGUAUAUGGCAAGCAAUCUGCCGGAUAAGGAAGCCCUCCGAUCCCAGAUCUGCUUGAUCUUCGUGCCAAAUAACGAUACCACCUCCAUCUUCAUCAGCCAUAUCCUAUGGAAUCUUGCUCGUCAUCCAGAGGUAUACCAGAAAUGUCGCCAGGAGGUGCUUGCGGUGGGCGACGCGGAGUUGACAUUCUCGGUCCUACGAAACAUGAAAUAUCUCAGCGCCGUCCUGAAUGAGAGUGCGUGGCUUGUUUCUCUUCCCCCUAUUCGUGACCCGGGGCUAACAUAUAGGAAAGCGCACCGCCUCUUCCCCAACGGCGUGACCCAGGUGCGGAAAUGCAUCCGAGAUACGACAUUGCCCGUGGGCGGGGGUCGUGAUGGCAAGCAACGGAUUUUUGUCCGUAAGGGGGAUGUCGUCCAGGUCAAUAAGAAUGUCAUCCAUCGUGACCGCGAUAUCUGGGGCCCCGAUGCAGAGGAUUUCCGGCCUGAACGAUGGGAGAAUAUGCGGCCUUACUGGAACUUUGUUCCCUUUGGUGGAGGGCCCCGUCGUUGUCCAGCUCAGAUGCUGGUGACAGCGGAAGCCAGCUACUUCCUGGCACGACUGAUGCGCGUCUAUAAACGGAUUGAAGCUAGAGAUCCAAAUCCCUAUGUCGGUGUGAUGCGCGUGGGGCCUUCAAACAAGACUGGCGUGCAAAUAGCGCUGUUCAAGGAGUGA